CUAUGAUCACAGUAAUGAAAAAUGAAAAUGAAGAAGACGAACGUCAACGUCCAAAGAAACUGAGGAUUUUAUUUUUGAGAUUAUUACGUGUUUUAGAAAAAUUUGCUGUGUAGAAUUAUCUUACAAUAAUGUUUAAUACAGUUUCAUGAUGUAAUAAUUGGUAAUCGUCAGGUUUAAUUAAACCUUUAUUUGUUGUUACAUAAGAGGGUGUUGAAGUGAGAUAAAAUGUUGAGACUAGUAGAGAUACAAACACAUCCCUCAUCCCAUUUGGUGCAUCAUGCAUUUGCCACAUCCUGGUCCGAAAAUAAUCAAAUCGCACUAAUGACUGAGAAAGGAGUCCAAAUUUUGGAACUGCAUUUCAACCCCCACAACAAGACCUCUUCCAUAGACUGUCUCCGUGCCACAAUUGAUACCAGUGAGGCAGCUCCGACCAGCAGUGUGUUGAUAGACACUGAGGCAAUGCUCCACAAAUCGGCUCUACAAGAGGCCAGCACACUCGUCAAGAACACAGACUGGGCACCGAAUCUGGUCAAAACAUUACCGAUUCCCAAGGUCAUCGUUCAGACUGUGUGGUCUCCCAGGGGGUACUGCAUUACGGCAGAUGCCUUCUAGCCUGCCUGACCAACGUGGGUCAGUUGACACUGUUUACAUCGGAGCAGGGCGGUGAUUGGCUGCCGAAAUUCGACGUGUCACUCGUUUGGCUGAGGUACAGUCGCAAAAAGUGGUCUAAACCCAACAGGUUUGCCAACAUCAAGCAUCAAAUCACCGAGCUCCAGUACAGGGCUAACCGGAUUAAGUACACUGCUGUGGCCUGGGAACGAUUCUCCGGUGACGAAUUCUCCUGUUCCACCCUUCUAAUCACGGCCAGUCAGGACGGAAUCAUAUGUCUGUGGAUAGUUGAGGACGAAAAAUACAAAUCCAGCCUCAACCUGGAGCCCAUUACAAUGGCUGUAACCAACGGACUCAAAGUGAAACUGGUCAAAGUGUUCGAUUCGAAACUGACAAAUAUCUCUAGUUUGUUGUGGUGUAACAUUGAUAGUUUGUCGGGGGUUUUGAUAGUUGGCAACAUCAGGGGAUUGAUUAAUAGUGUGUGUGUCAAGUUUUGUGAUAUGUUGAAAAAUGAUGAAGAAGAUGUGAGAAAUGAUGAGGAGAAUGUGGAAAAUGAUGAGGAAAAUGUGGGAAAUGAUGAGGAGAAUGUGGGAAAUGAUGAGGAGAAUGUGGGAAAUGAUGAGGGACUUGGUGGGGAAGUGAGAAAUGAUGAAGGGAAUGUGAAAAAUAGUGAAGUACUUGGUGGGGAAGUGAGAAAUGAUGAAGGAAUUGUGAAAAAUGAUGGAGAAAAUGUGAGAAAUGAUGAGGAAAAUGUGAAAUAUACUGAGGGACUUGGUGGGGAAGUGAGAAAUGAUGAAGGGAAUGUGAAAAAUAGUGAAGGACUUGGUGGGGAAGUGAGAAAUGAUGAAGGAAUUGUGAAAAAUGAUGGAGAAAAUGUGAAAAAUGAUGGGGAAAAUGUGAAAAAUAGUGAAGGACUUGGUAAGGAAGUGAGAGAUGAUGAAGUUUGUGGAGAAAACAGGGAAAUUGUAAGCAGUGUGCAAGAGGUUGAAGAGGUAGUGCAGAAAUCUAAAGCGCAAACUGAGAAAUUUAGUGGAAAAACCACGGAAAGUGUAGAAAAAAAUGUGCAACUAGUAAACAUUUGUGAAGAAACCACACAACCUGUCAUAGAAGAUCCUUCAAAGAACCAGAACCUAGCUUCCAAAAAAGUUCCUAACCUAACUCCUGAACAAGAUGCUAAUGUAUCUUCUGAACAGGGUCCUAACCUAACUUCUGUAUCAAAUCCUAACCAAACCCAGCAACCCAACUUGACUUGUGUAUCAAAUUCAAAGGACACACAGCAACCUAUCGCCACUUCUGUAUCAAAUCCCAAACAAACUCAGCAACCUAACGCCACUCCUGUAUCAAAUCCCAAGGAAACACAGCAACCUAACCCAACUCCUGUAUCAAACCCAAACCAAACCCAGCAACCCAACUUGACUUGUGUAUCAAAUCCCAAGGAAACACAGCAACCUAACCCAACUCCUGUAUCAAACCCAAACCAAACCCAGCAACCCAACUUGACUUAUGUAUCAAAUCCCAAGGUUACACAGAAACCCAACCUAACUCCUGUAUCAAACACCAACCUAACCUCAAAAUCGAAUCCUCCAGGAGGGAAUGUUGAAAUCAGUGUAGAACCCCUGUGGAGGGAUGAGGAUUUGCUGUCCAUUUCCAGUCUGAUUUGCUGGGACGUGGAUGAUGUCAAUGUAUGCGCAGUCUGCAUCAAAGACAUGUACAUAAUUGUGCUGAUUGUGCAGAAAAAUAGCGGCAAACUGGUGUCUACACACAUCCACAAUACUAACAGGCGGAAUUUGGCUGGUUUGUUGAAGCUGGAUAAUGCAUCGUUUCUAAUCGGCAGCCAACAGGGCGCUCUAUUCAAACUGACUCUGGUUCAGGAUGACAACGGACAGUUGAAAUUUAUGAACGAGACUGUACAGAACAAUUUCAUCAGAAGCCGCUACGGUGUGAUGGGAUUGGCCGCUUCAAGAAAUCGGGACUUUGUAGCUGUUAAUCUUUGUGUGAACGGACCCUAUGAUCAUUCCAAACUGAAGACAUUAUCGUCGUUAGUGAUCUGUUCGUUGGAAAAUCGAGAAAUCGACCUGAUGACAAUGAUAAGUUCGAACAGCUUCGUUAAUUUGGACCGUAUCUGGGAUUGCCUCGAGAAUGUCAGACUAAGCAUUCUCCAGAAAUCUUUAACCUACAUUUUUCCGUCUACCAUAAGAUGCCAACUUGAUACCAUGGACAUCCAUCCCCUCAUCUUAACCAUGUGGUUGACAAAUUUCGUGGCCUACAGUCUGCAGUUGGAGCAGAUGGAAGUUGGAAUUGAAUUAUUACUACUACCAGAGAACAAGUCCCAAACCAUGACCCGUCUCUACGAAGAAAUCCGUCUACUAGUUUUUUCCAGCCACAUCUUCCAACGUUGCACUUUAAUUCUCUCCUCCUCCUCCUCCUCCUCCUCCUCCUCCUUCUCCCUCCUCAGUCUGCGUCUGAUGCGCAAGUGGAUCUGCUCAGGUCUCCUCCUCAACUCCUCCAUGGAUUGUCAUUCGACGACACGAUUGACGGCCACUAGUAUAGUCGAGCAAAUCGAUGUUCACCUCAGGAGUAAAGUGGGAGAGGGCGAUUGUGGACAACAAGCAGGGGAGAGAGAGACGUGUAUUGUGUGCGGUAAUGAUAUUGUGUCGUUGAGUGAUUUCAGUGUUGCCACCUGUACAGAAGGUCACCAGAUUCGGCGGUGUACACUCAGUUUGGUGCAAAUUCCUUGCGACUAUGAUGAAGUGCUGCAAUGUAAACGGUGUGGAGUGUUAGCCCACCCACAGGCCGUUAUAGGCGACUACGCAUCGUGUGUGUUCUGCAACUCGCUGCUUGCUCCUGAUCAGGAACUGAUACCCGAUUCGCAAAUUCUCGUUCUGGAGGAUGAGCACGACAAUAUAGGGCAAAAUCGUCGAAGACCGAGAACUCGCUCGAUUGAGAUGAGGGGUGAGAGGGGAGAGGAAAGUGACUCGGAUGACGAACUAGUUGUGCCGAAGAAGAAGUCUAAGAAGAAGGCGAAAUAAGUUCGAGGAGGAGGAGGAGGAGGAGGAGGAGGAGAAUAAGAAGAAGAAGAAGAAGAAGAAGAAGAAGAAGAAGAAGAAGAAGAAGAAAAACAAGAAGAAGUAGUAGAAGAAGGUGAAAUGAAUUUGAGGAGAAGUGAAGAAGAAGAAGGAGAAGGAGAGGAGAAGAAGAAGGCGAAAUGAACUUGAGGAGAAGAAGAAGAAGAAGAAGUAGAAGAAGAGAAGAAUAGGUCGAAGAAGAAGGCGAAAUGAACUUGAGGAGAAGAAAAAGAAGAAGAGAAAGUGGUGGAUGAAGGUGAAUGAAUUAGAAAAGUAUAGAAUAGAAUUACUUUUCUAUUUAUUCACGUGGUAAAGUUUGGACAGUAAUGUCAUAGCCACCUCUAAAGGUGCGUACAGAUU